GUAUACCUCAGAAUGCCACACAGCAUCAGCAGGGAGGAGUAUGUGAAGCCAGGACUCCUGAAGAUGCACAAGCUAUGGGUCAUGUUGCUGGCUGUAGCUGCAGUCUCAUUUGUCUCCAUGUGCUUUCUGGUGUUGAAUGGCAGACCUGACAUCAAGGUUUCAGAAGCAGAAGCAUGUCAAGAACUGUUGAGCAACAUAACACAACCUCACAAGGCAGAGCUAGGGCACUGCUGCAACGCCUCAGCGUGGCUGGCAGUGACACAAGAGAAUGCCCCGUUGGGGUCCGAGAUUGUCUAUGACGGAUAUCCCUCAAAGAGAUUGAAAGUUAGCAGUGGCUUGCUGGAGAUCCUGCCAGAGAAAUCCCCCUUUCAGAACCCCCUCUACAAAACGUGUGCUGUAGUGGGAAAUGGAGGAAUCCUCAGGAACAGUAGCUGUGGUGCUAAAAUUGAUGAGCACCAGUUUGUAAUCAGGUUUAACUUGCCUUCUAUGGACUUCCCUGAGGAUGUGGGCAGAAAGUCAAGCAUCGUCACUGUAAAUCCUAGCAUCCUUCAGAAAAGGUUUCAUGGUCUGAACGGUCGGCGCCUGCCAUUUGUGAAGGCAGCAGCUCCCUACGGAAAGACGUGGUUCCUCAUCCCAUCUUUCUCCUUCCCUGACGAUACUGAGGCUUCUUACCGAGCCCUCUAUGCCUUACAGGAUUCUGCCUCUGAGUCGCAUGUCUUCUUCUUCCACCCUCAUUAUCUAAGUGCUCUAAGCAAGUACUGGCAUGACCUUGGUUUUCAUACCUAUCGUCUCUCCUCGGGUUUCAUGCUAGUGAAUGCUGCUCUGGAGCUGUGCCAACACAUUACCCUCUAUGGCUUCUGGCCCUUCUCCUUCCAUCCUGAUGGCCAUUCCCUGCCCCAUCAUUACUAUGACAACGUGCUUCCCAAGCAGAACAUCCACAUCAUGCCCAAAGAGUUUAGUUAUUACGUGGAUAUGCACUUCCACGGUGUGCUGCAGCUACAUCUGGGGCGGUGCUAA